CGCGGGGCCUGUGUGGGGUCUGCGGCCACCAGAUGGGGGCGACCGGUCCCACGGGCGCUCGGGGACGAGCCACGUGGGUGCUGGCUGGGGGCGUCCUGGCUUCGGCCCUGGUGCUGGGCGCGGUUCCCCGUGCUUUCUCACCCACUUUCCCGGCACUGGGCCCAGGGUCUCCGUACAGGCCGAGCCCCGCUGGACCCCAUCCAAGCUCGCAGUACAGAGAUACUUCGAGAGAAGCCCAAGGUCCCUCAGAGAAUGGAGUGAUAUUUCAGAAAUGCUCACUGGUGUCUGGGCAGAGCGAAUCCCAGGCCAUGCACGUGCAGCUGUCAGUGAACAACACCAGGACUCCCUUGUCAGCCAACCUUUCGGACCUGCUUGUGCUAGACGAGAUCACUAGCCUCACUGUGAAGGAGUCCCCUGGAAAUAAGACUCGGGACGGAAUCCAGACUUUCAGAAAGAGCUUUCUGCAAGUGGGAGAGUGUUACUCUGUCAGCUACAUGGCCUCGCUGGACCCCACAGCUCUUGGGAUAGGAGAGAGCCUGGACCUUCCAGCCUUGCUCGUCUUUCAGAGCUCCUCACAGAACAGAACCCGGCUAAAAGCCCACUUUACCGUCGCAGUGGAAGAAAAGAUAACGGUCCUGCCUAACCAUGGUCUCCAUGCACUAGGCUUCUUCACGGCCUUCCUCAUCGCUCUCGUGCUGACCCUCGUGGCCCUGUUCUUCCUGGCGAAGGGUCGGUGUCUGCAGGGAAGUGUGCUGGCCAGAUGCUGGGUUCAGCACCCUGAGAACAAGCUGGAGCUCUCGCCCUUCACCUCUGCUAAUGGUGUGAGCCAGGAUCUUUCCUUCAAUGACCAAGUGAUUGACAUCCUGACCUCUGAGGACCCUGGGACCAUGCUUCAAGCCUUAGAAGAGUUGGAGAUUGCGACUCUGAAUCAGGCAGAUGCGGAUCUGGAGGCGUGUCGAAACCAAAUUAGUAAGGACAUCAUUGCUCUCCUGAUUAAGAACUUGACCAGUGGUGGUCACCUCUCUCCACAAACAGAGAGGAAGGUGACAGCUGCUCUCAAAGAGCAGUUUCUGCUGCUGGAAAAGGAAAUACAAGAGGAGUAUGAACGGAAGAUGUUGGCACUGACAGCAGAGUGUGACCUAGAAGCAAGGAAGAAGACAGAAAGCCAAUACCAGAGGGAGAUGGUGGCCAUGGAGGAAGCAGAAGAGGUGUUGAAGCGAGUUAGUGAAAGGUCUGCUGCAGAGUGCAGCAACCUUCUGCGGACCCUCCAUGGCCUGGAGCAGGAGGAAAUGCAGAGGUCCCUCGCCCUGCACCAAGCAGAGGACUUUGCCCAAGCACUCAGGCAGCUGGUUGUUUUCCAGAGAAAUGAAUUACACAGCAUCGUCUAUACCCAGAUACAGAGUGCUGUGGCCAAAGGGGAACUGAGGCCUGAGGUGGCUAAAAUGCUGCUGCAAGACUAUUCUAAAACACAGGAGAGUGUAGAGGAGCUGACGGACUUCUUCCAGGCCACCAAGAGGUACCAUCUCAGCAAGAGGUUUGGUCAUAGGGAGUACCUGGUCCAGAGCCUGCAGGCCAUGGAGACCCGCGUGCAAGGCCUGCUGAGCACUGCAGCCACUCAGCUGACAAGCCUCAUCCACAAACACGAGAGGGCCGGGUACUUGGACGAAGAUCAGAUGGAAAUGCUGUUGGAGCGUGCACAGACAGAAACCUUUUCAAUAAAACAGAAGCUGGACAAUGACUUAAAGCAAGAAAAGAAAAGGCUCCACCAAAAAUUGAUAACUAAGAGAAGGCGGGAACUUCUUCAAAAGCACAAGGAGCAGCAGAAGGAGCAGGUGUCCCUUGGAGAGGCCUCCAGCACUGCAGAGGAUGCAGUCCAGUACCUGUGCCAGUGGAGGAGUGUGAUGGCUGAGCACAUUGCUGCCCUGGAGGAGCUGCAGGAGCGUCUGGACCAGUCUGCCCUGGAUGACCUCCGGGUCCUGACGGUGUCACUGUCUGAGAAAGCCACGGAGGAGCUGAGGCGCCUGCAGAGCACAGCCAUGACGCAGGAGCUGCUGAAACGUAGUGCGCCCUGGCUCUUCCUGCAGCAGAUCUUAGAGGAGCACAGUCGGGAGUCUGCCACUCGCACUGCGCAGCUGGAGGCAGAGGAGAGAGAGCGUGGCCAGGAGCUGGUGCAGGGUGUGAGGCAGCGGCUACAGCAGGAUUUGCCAGAGGCCUGCACCGAGGAGCAGGCAGAGCUGAGGCAUUGGGAGCACUUGGUGUUCACGAGGCUCUGCUGUGCGGCCAUCUCGUUGUCUGAAGAAGACCUGCUCAGGAUGAGGCAGGAGGCCCAGGGCUGCUUCACUCAGCUGGACCGGAGUUUGGCUCUCCCCAGAGUCCGGGCACGGAUGCUGCAGCAGCAGGUACAGAUGGCCUGGCGGGAAGCAGAGUUCCGGAAACUGGACCAGGCUCUGGCUGCGCCUGAGCUGCAGUCCAAGGCGAGAAAGCUGCGUUCCAAGGGCAGAGGCAAGGCAGAUCUUCUGAAGAAGAGCCUGGAGGAUAAGAUCCGUCUGUUCGAGGAGCGGGCCCCUGAAGACCUGGCCGACAAGGUUCGAGGGGAAUUGCUCCAUGAGCGAGUGCAGAGGCUGGAGGCCCAGGAGGCCCACUUUGCUGAGUCACUUGUGGCCCUGCAGUUCCAGAAGGUGGCCCGGGCUGCUGAGACCCUCUCUGUCUACACGGCCUUGCUUACCAUUCAAGACCUGCUGCUGGAGGAGCUCAGUGAAUCCGAGACACUGACCAAGUCAGCCUGUGUGCAGAUCCUGGAGUCCCACAGCCCGGAGCUGCAGGAACUGGAGAGGAAGCUGGAGGAGCGGCUGGUGCAGCAGGAAACUUCUGAGCAACAGCAGGUCCUGGAGAGCUGGCAGCGGUGGACGACGGCUGAGGGCCCCGGGCUGGGCGAACCUGGGGAGAUGGAUCCUGAAAGGCAAGUCUCUGCCAUGCUGCGGCAGGCCCUGAACAAGGGCCAGAAGCUACUGGAACAGCAACAGCAGAGGGUGAGAGACGAGCGUCAGAACAGUGCGGUGCUGGAAGAUUCUCUGGAAAGCAUGGAGGCUGACACCAUGGCCAGUCUGUGCAGCCAGGGACUGAGGCUGGUGUCGUACCUCUCAAAGAUGACAAUGGUGCCAGGGAGCACGCUGCUCCGACUCCUGAGUGUGGUGCUCCCAGUGGCUUCGCAACCUCCGCUACUGGCCCUGCUGGACACAGUCAGGGAAAAGCACUCAGACCACGCAGCAGAGCACAGCAGCAGCGGGGAGCAGGCUGAGCAGAGCAAGAAGAGAAAACACCAGGGCUGGUGGCAAGCUUUGGACAGCAGACUGAGAACAGAUUUGGUGAGUCGAGGAUUGGAAAGGAUGCUCUGGGCCCGCCGAAAGAAGGAGAGCAUAUUGAAGACGGUAUACACGCCUGUCCAGGAGAGGGUGAUGUUCCCUGGAAAAGGAAGCUGGCCACACCUGUCCCUAGAGCCCAUGGGGGAACUGGCACCCAUGCCAAUCACAGGGCUGGACACCAUGGACAUAUUAAACACCGGAGAAAAGAUCUUUGUAUUCAGGAGCCCAAAGGAGCCAGAAAUCUCCUUGCGUGUUCCUCCUAGAAGGAAAAAGAACUUCCUGAAUGCCAAGAAGGCCAGCAGGGCCUUGGGCUUGGACUGACCCCAGGGGAAGCUCCAGGGAUUAUCUUGUCAGGUGCAUCUUUCCUCCAGCUCCACUUUGUCUGUCUGUCUGUCUGUAUCGUACAGCUUGCAAUAUAUACAUACUUGCAGC